AUGGAUGACGAGGCUUCUACAAAUGGCGAUCAGCUUCCGACUGUCGGAGAUACUGUAAUUUCCACUGCAAACAGAGCGUACACAGUGGUGUCAGCGAUUGGCGAAGGGAGCUAUGGCACUGUUUUUCUGGCCAGAAGCGAAAAUGACUGGAGCAGUAUUCCUCAGUGUGCUCGUAGUUUCAGAGAAAUGGCUUUGAAAGUUGAAAAAUUUGACAAAAAAAUACUUAAAAUGGAAAUAGCUGUGUUGCGAGCAGCUAACGAGCGGCAGUGCCUACACAUUUGCAAAAUGUAUGACUGCGGCUACGAGAAAGGCAAGUUCACGUUUCUGGUGAUGUCGCUACUCGGGCCCGAUCUCACCAAGCUGCGUAGUCAGCAACCCGGGCGAUACUUCACGCUCCGUUCGUUUUCUCGUAACGUGGCUUGCACUAAUAGCUUUCAACAGAUAUUACUUUGCUCAUCCAUUCACGUGAUGUUUGCAGAAGCAGCUCGGAGUAUCGCGUAUUCGCGAGUGAUACCAUCACGAGGUGUAACGGGCUGGCGUGGCACGGUGCGGUAUGCUUCGCUGAAUGCGCAUCGAAAACACGAUUUGUCGAGACGUGACGAUAUGGAAUCCUGGCUGUACAUGAUCAUCGAACUUACCAAAGGCUCCCUGCCAUGGCAACUCAUUACUGGGAUUUUUUUCAUGAUCGGUGAAAAUCUCGACAGCUUACAUAAUCGUUCAAUUCUCUUUUUUCCAGAUAAAAGCAUAGCCGAGAAAGCAAAGAAAGAAGCAAGAAAUACGGCAAAAGCAACAUUCUUUGAGAAUUGUCCGCACCAGUACGAAAAGAUUUUACGAAUUAUUGACAGGCUGAAGUUUACGGAAACCCCUCCGUACGCAAAAUUUUAUCAAAUCCUCGGAGAGGUGAACCACUGCAAACUCUUUGAUUGUCCUCGAACGCUAAGAACAUGGACUUAUUGUUUCCUUACGGCAAUAACUUUUUUUGGAGUAACGGUCAUUAAAAUCGAUCUCUUUUUAAUGUAA